AUGGACGCAUAUCAUGAAUUCAUUCAACCUACUAGGGUGUCACAAUGCAUAGGAUGCAAUUUUAUCAGUCCAACUUCGAAGAGUUUGAUUGUUGGGAAGGCCACAGUGUUACAAGUUUUUGAAAUAAUUAAUACCGAAUCUCAACAAUAUAAGUUGAAGUUAGUAGAGCAAUUCAAGCUUCAUGGAUUGAUAACUGACAUAAAGGCCAUAAGAACUGUUGAGAAUCGGCAGUUGGACUACUUGUUGGUUUCUACCAAAGGAGCCAAGAUGUCAUUAAUCAAAUGGGACCACCACUUGAAUUCAAUUAGUACAGUUUCGUUACAUUAUUAUGAAAAUUCAAUUCAAAGUUCAACAUAUGAGAAAUUAACUACCACUGAUUUAUUAGUGGAGCCUAACAACAAUUGUACAUGUCUAAGAUUCAAAAAUUUGUUGACAUUUUUACCUUUUGAAACUAUAGAUGAUGAGGAUGAAGACGAUGAAGAAGAUGAAGAAAUGAAUGGAAGCUCUGGUAGCGAUAAGAAGGCAACUAUCAAGGAAAAUGGUAACAUAGGUGGAGAAGAGGUAUCAGAACUUUUCGAAUCUAGCUUUAUGAUUGAUGGACGAACCUUAGAUUCUAGAAUUGGAGACAUAAUAGACAUGCAAUUCUUAUACAAUUACAGAGAGCCUACCAUAGCAAUUAUUUUCCUGAAAGCCCAUGCCUGGGCUGGUAAUUUGCCAAAGGUUAAAGAUAACAUCAACUUUAUUGUAUUGUCGUUAGAUCUUGUAACUAAGGCAUCCACUACAGUCUUGAAGAUCGAUAACUUACCGUUCGAUAUAGAUAAGAUUAUUCCAUUGCCUCAACCUUUGAAUGGUAGUUUAUUAAUGGGAUGUAACGAGAUAAUUCAUGUCGACAACGGUGGUAUUACAAGAAGAUUGGCGUUGAAUCAAUAUACAUCAUCGAUUACAACUUCACUUAAGAAUUAUCAUGAUCAAUCGGAUUUGAACUUAAAGCUAGAAAAUUGUACUGUCAAAGCUAUUCCUAACGAUAACAAGGUUUUGAUGAUCUUGAGCAAUGGAGAAUUCUAUUAUAUAAACUUUAAAAUCGAUGGGAAAACUAUUAAAAAAUUCUUCGUAGAAAAAGUUUCAGAUAUCAUCCAUGACAAUAUUCAAUUAACAUACCCAGGUGAGAUUGCCACGCUUGAUCAUAAUUUGAUAUUCAUAAGUAACAAAAAUGGUAAUAACCCUUUACUUGAGUUGAAAUAUAAAACUUUUGAACAUGUUAUUGUACAAGAGAAUGAAGAAAGUAAUGAUCCGAUAGAUAAUGUAGAUGAAGAUGAUGAUUUAUAUGAAGAAGAUGAAGUCAAUAAAAAAAUUUCAAUUAAUAAAAGUCUGAUAGAAUUCAUAAAACAUGAUGAAUUGAUCAAUAAUGGUCCAAUUUCAAAUUUCACGCUUGGUCAUUAUUCCACUGAUAAAUUUAAAUCAAGUUUACCGAAUCCAAAUUACAAAGAAAUCUCCAUUAUAAGCAAUUCAGGUUCCCAUAAACAGGGUGGUUUAAAUAUACUUACGCCUAGUGUGCAGCCCAUAAUUCAGUCAUCCUUGAGUUUUUCUCAAAUCCACCGAAUGUGGACAAUUAAUAACGAAUUUUUGAUUACGUCUGAUGACGAAAAUUUCAAAUCUGAAAUUUUUCAACUUAAUAAAUCAUUCGCAAGGUUAAAUUCCAAGGAUUUUGUUAACAAUGAAUCAACGAUUGGGAUGCAUGAAUUAAAUAAUAAUGAAUUCUUUUUGCAAGUGACUCCAAAGAAAAUAUCUGUAUUUAAUAAAAAGUUUAAAAGAAUCAUUUCCUUUAGCAAAGAGUUGAAAAAAUAUGCAAAUGAUGAAAUUAUUUAUAGUACUUUUAAUGAUGAAUUUUUAAUGGUCUUUUUCUCCAGUGGUGAAGUGGUUAUUUAUUCCAUCAACACCUAUAAUGAGACAUUCUCAAAGAUAAAUAUUCCUAAGAUAUUGAAUGAUACAAUUAUUACUACAGGUUAUAUAACGAAUUCAAGUUUACUUAAUGCAGUGCUGAAAGAUAUAAAUUUAUUAAUUAAUAAGAAUAGGGGAACUAAGAGAAAACACGGCGGAAGAAAUUCGAGUAUUACGGGUAUUAAUACAUCUGACUCCGAUUUUGGUCCAAAGCUGAAGACUUUUAUAUUAGUUACUGGUGACAAUAGAAUUGUUGCAUUCAAUAGGUUUCACAAUGAAAGAUGUUACCAAUUAAAUGAUGUUGAUAAAUUUACUGAUCAUCUCUCAUUAGGUUUUUUUGAACCACGAGAUACCUAUCCAGAUCCAUUUAUCAAGAACAUAAUUUUUAAUGAGUUAGGAGAUGAACACUCAAAGGAUGAAUAUUUAACUAUUUUAACAAUUGGAGGUGAAAUUUUAAUUUAUAAACUAUUUUUUGAUGGUGAAAAUUUUAAACUUGUGAAAGAAAAAGAUUUAAUCAUUACUGGAGCCCCUGACAACGCAUAUUCUUUAGGUACCACGAUUGAAAGAAGACUUGUUUAUUUUCCAAACGUUAAUGGCUUUACGUCUAUCUUUGUUACUGGUAUAACUCCUUACUAUAUUUCGAAAACAACCCACUCAAUUCCGAGGAUUUUCAAAUUUACAAAGCUCCCCGCUGUUUCAUUUGCGCCAUAUUCUGAUAGCAAAAUUAAGAAUGGGUUAAUUUAUCUUGAUAAUUCUAAAAAUGCUAGAAUUUGUGAGAUUCCGAUUGAUUUUAAUUACGAAAAUAAUUGGCCAAUAAAGAAAAUUCCUAUUAAGGAAAGUAUAAAAUCGGUUACAUAUCAUGAACUUUCAAAUACAUUCGUAAUUUCAACUUAUGAAGAAAUACCAUAUGACUGUCUAGAUGAAGAAGGGAAGCCAAUUGUUGGUAUUGAUAAGUCUAAGCCCUCUGCAAAUUCGUAUAAAGGAUACAUAAAGUUAAUCUCUCCGUAUAAUUGGUCUGUUAUUGACACAAUUGAAUUGGUUGAUAAUGAAAUUGGUAUGAAUGUUCAAUCAAUGGUUCUCGACGUAGGAUCGAGUACAAAAAAAUUUAAAAAUAAGAAAGAGUUGAUCGUUAUUGGUACUGGUAAAUAUAGAAUGGAAGAUUUAAGUGCUAAUGGCUCAUUCAAGAUAUUUGAAAUUAUUGACAUUAUUCCAGAACCUGGUAAACCUGAAACUAAUCACAAAUUUAAGGAAAUACAUCAGGAAGAUACAAGGGGGGCUGUUACUUCGAUAUGUGAAAUUAGCGGACGUUUCUUGGUUUCACAAGGACAAAAGAUUAUUAUUCGGGAUUUACAGGAUGAUGGUGUUGUUCCUGUUGCAUUUUUAGAUACGUCAGUAUAUGUUUCGGAAGCGAAGAGUUUCGGGAACUUAUUAAUUCUUGGAGACUCAUUGAAAAGUAUAUGGCUAGCGGGAUUUGACGCUGAACCAUUUAGAAUGGUUAUGCUAGGCAAAGAUUUACAAUCUUUAGAUGUGAAUUGUGCUGAUUUUAUUAUAAAAGACGAAGAGAUAUUUAUACUUAUCGCUGAUAAUAAUAGUACAUUACACUUAGUUAAAUAUGACCCUGAAGACCCGACAUCUUCUAAUGGUCAAAGGUUGAUCCAUAAGGCAUCUUUUAAUAUUAAUUCUAUUCCUACAUGUCUUAGAUCCAUACCUAAGAAUGAAGAAAUUAAUCCGUCUGGUACAGAAGUCUUCCAAUCGAUUGGUUCAACGAUUGAUGGUUCCUUCUAUUCAGUUUUCCCAAUCAAUGAAGCUAGCUACAGAAGGAUGUAUAUCUUACAGCAGCAAAUUACUGAUAAAGAAUAUCAUUUCUGUGGAUUAAACCCAAGAUUAAACAGAUUCGGUGGCUUAUCAAUGACUGUGAAUGAUACUAAUACAAAGCCUUUAUUGGACUAUGAAGUUAUCAGAAUGUUUGCUAAGUUGAAUGAAGAUAGGAGGAAGAACUUAUCCAUGAAAGUGAGUUCUAAAAAUGUAUAUCAAGAUAUUUGGAAGGAUCUAAUUGAAUUCGACCAUGUAUUGAAAAAUUUAUAG